GCAGUUUGUUCGGCUUUUUAUUUAUUCCUACGUGAGCAGACCCACUACACUUCUUGCAUCUAAACAGUGGAAAUUACAACAUGAAGGACUUAUUAUUCCUUCUCGUGGUUUAAGUCCGCGGCUGGCCAGAGCCUGGCUCGCUGUGCAAGGCGCGGGAGGACCUCCCCUGCAGGUAACCACUGCUUCAAGACUCUCCUUGCCCGCUGGCAACGACAGCCAAGCCUCAGACCCCCAGUCCCCAGGGCCAAGGGCCAGCCUUUCUCAGCUGCGAUUCCCAGAGGCUACAGCCGAGGAUCACUUGCCCACCUAUGAACUUGAGCCGCGUGUGAACCACGACAGGGACUCUGCGCUCUGCAUGGCUUCAGAUGCCUCACACCUGUCCUGGUCACACCCCACCGGGUUUUGUGAGGCUGUUUAGGAAGACACGCGUCCCAGGCUGCAGGAAAGGGGCAGAGUAUGAAAGGACACAAUGGCUCUGAGGGUGGGAUCUGUGAUUGACAGAAAUGGGGCGGCUCCCUUAGGAGCAUCAUGGGUUAUCAAAGAAGCUGACCCCCAGGCCCCUGAUUUCACCGCCUGCUUACAUGCCCUGGCCAGAAGAUGUGUGUAAGUGCCUGGUAGUUUUACACUGGAAACUGAUGCUCCGGGAAGGGAAGCCGCCUGUUCCAGACAUAGCAGGUCUCCUUUGGAAUUCACACAUCAGGAGUCUGGCGCUAUCCCCUAAAUGGUACUUUUGUUGUCUUUUUGUUCAAGGCGGCAAGCUUUUCCCAGGAUCGGAGCCGCCUGCCAGCCUCUCUUUGAUAAACAGCCCACCAGCUCUCUUGGUAUAUCGGAUGUUUAAUAAUUAGCCUAACUCAUUGUUUAUCUAAGUGGCAAUUAUCGCCGCAAUGAGAUAAUAUUGUAACUGCAGGAGAAGCAUUGCGGAUAGCUCCCAAGCGGAAGCCACCGGCUGGGGAUGGCCCACACGGCCUCCUCAGCGCCGAGGAAAGGGCCGCUCCAUCUCGGCUGGCAGGUGUCUGUGUCUGAGAUGCCAGCACCGGAGGCUGCUCCCAAGACCUAAGGACAUGUGCCCAGGACACGUGUACGGUCCCAGUCCUGCCAACUGAGGCUCAAUGGCCCAGCAAAAUACAAAAAUGCGCCCGGUGCUUCUGAAGCGGAACAGCCUGGAGUCGGUGGCGUUGGCGAAGCAGCCGCACCACCGCCGCAGCAAGUCUCAGCAGGUGCGGUUCAAGGAAGAUGGGACCGGCAAGCCCCCGCCCGGCCUGGCUGGGGGUGACGUCCACACGACCGAGGACCCGGCUGUGAUGGGCAUGACCCAAGCCCCCAGACACCAUCCCCUCCCCGCCUACUCCCUCUCCUUCCCCAGGUCCCAGAAGGCAGGGGGCUUUCGGAACAUGGCGAUCCAAACCUCCCCCAGUCUCAGGAAGCAUUUCCCGAUCUUCAAGAGGAAGAGACUCACAGCCAGUAAGUCCCUGGUGGAAAUGCCAGCAGCAUUCCAAAGUGCCAUCCAGGUCAACGGCAACCUCUCGGAACAGGACACAGUGGCUUCCGACCUCGCCUGCUUGCGGCUGGCUCAGCAUCUGGAGGACAGGCCUCGAAGGGUCCAGGUGUCCCACCCGUUUCUCCCUCGAAUGUCCAAGGUGCAGAGCAACGGGCCGGUGAGCAUAUGCCUGGAAGCAGGAGCCGGGAGAGCCUCGGAGAAAGCAACCGCUGCCAUUCAGGUCCCAGAGGAUAUCUGUCACAGCCCGACCUGGGCGACUGGGGAGCUCGCUCUCAGCCAAGACAGGUCCGCGGAGAUAAGCAACUCCGUCCACCCACUGGUGGACCCGUGUCCGGGUGACGGACAAAGAGGGCUGUCGUCAGAUUCAGAGAGACCCCCCUCCUGCUUGAAUGCCACCAGCGGUGCCAACCCCAUGCCAGGCACAGGGAAACUUAAACCUGAAUUGCUUUUGCCCAAAGACAACUCUGGUGACACAGACUUUGACCCACUGUCAUUGCUGUCAAAGGAAGCGUGUGUCCCCUCGCCUCCACGGACUCAUGGCUCCCCCUCACCAGGCUCCCACGGACAGCCAGCCCAUCCAGGAGGGGCUUCGGACUGUUCGUCAUCGAGCAGCCAUCACCAGGACCCGGCACCACUCAAACCUAAUCACCCAUCCAGACCUGCCCCUGCGUGUCAGGAGCGGACCACAAGGAACCCCACCCAGUCGGACACCCUGGAGUUUCGAAACUGUCCAGGAAACGAUCACCUCCCAUCCUCUCGUCCAAGGAGGGAGACCAAACUUCAGAGCAACAGGGAGCUUAACCAGAUCCACCUGGCCCGGGGCGAGCUCUGCGACCUCCAAGGCCGGCUGCAGUCCGUGGAGGAGUCCCUGCACUCGAACCAAGAGAAAAUUAAAGUCCUUCUGAAUGUAAUUCAAGACUUGGAGAAAGCUCGGGCUCUCACAGAAGGGCGCAACUUUUAUCGAACCGGCCAAGAUCUCAACAAUUGCAGUACCUGCCAGAACACGGCGUGCAUCAUAUACAGUGUAGAAUAUGAUUUUCGGCAGCAGGAAGGCAGGUUCCAUGAAGUUCUACAGAGUCUGGAGGAAGCAGAACCAGUUGAGGAGCCAUGUCCCCCACCAAAGUCCACAGCAGAACCCCCUGUUCCUGAGAAACAGGACUUAAGGCGGAAAACCAAGAAGGUGAAGAAGAAAUGCUUCUGGUGGAUCUGAGCUUGUUGGGACCUCCCUGCGAUGGGAACCACUGCCCUCAGGUCUUCUCUGCUUCUUAGCAAAGGUCCCAGACCGAGAGCCACUCAAUCUGCAAAACCGGAAAGACUCGGGGCUGGUUUAGCUGCUGCGGGACCCCUGACCACCAACCUCACCUGAAUGAGUGCCACUGUUUGCUGAGGGCUUCACGGACCCUAGAGUGACCACUUGCCUAGUUCCCCAUCACGCACGACUAGGCCACAAUCCUGGUUUGCGAGUCUAGGUUCCCACCCUGAACAAAGUCCCCACUGACUCUCCAACACCUCUAUGAUGCUAAGCACUUCCUUCUCAUCCUUGGUUUGUCAUCCGAAAAAAAAAAAAAAAAGAAAAAAGAAAUGUUAUGUAGAGCAGGAAGUUAGAGGAGAGCCAGAAACUAAUACACCAGGAAAGAUCAGUUACAUACACUGGCCGUUUUCUAAGAUAUUGGCAUACAUAGCAUGACAGAUAUGUGCAGGGAAAAAAUGCAAGAGCGCCUGGUGGGCUGGGUCAUUUUCAUUUUAAAAUAGCCACUUGACCCCAAAUUAAGAAUCUGUCAUCUCAUGCUGCGGGGGCCUUCCAGUCUGUGGCAGAGUAAGGUCACUGCAGGGGGUAAGGAACUUGGUGUGGCUC